UUAAAACCCUUUCUUUCUGUCUGUGGUUGUUUCCAUUCCUCAGUCCUCACCCUAAACCCACCCUCACCCAAGUAAGUCCAUGGCUUCACUCUCUGUUUCGCGCCACAACCAUCUAUUCUCGGGCCCUCUCCCGGCCCGCUUCAGGCCCACCCUCUCUGGGCCCACCAGGAUCCGAAUGUCCCUACGGGAGAACGGCCCCUCCAUCGCGGUGGUCGGUGUCACCGGCGCUGUCGGCCAGGAGUUCCUCUCGGUGCUCUCCGACCGCGACUUCCCCUACCGCUCCAUCAAAAUGCUGGCGUCGAAGCGUUCCGCCGGCCGCCGCAUCACCUUCGAGGGCAGGAACCACGUCGUGGAGGAGCUCACGGCGGAGAGCUUCGACGGCGUCGACAUCGCGCUCUUCAGCGCCGGCGGCUCCAUCAGCAGGGAGUUCGGCCCCGUCGCGGUGGAUCGGGGGACGGUGGUGGUGGACAACAGCUCGGCGUUUCGGAUGGACGAGAAGGUGCCAUUGGUGAUUCCCGAGGUGAAUCCUGAAGCCAUGCACAAUAUCAAAGCUGGAAUGGGAAAGGGCGCACUCAUUGCUAACCCUAAUUGCUCCACCAUUAUUUGCUUGAUGGCUGCUACCCCUCUUCAUCGACGAGCUAAGGUGUUACGUAUGGUUGUUAGCACCUAUCAAGCUGCCAGUGGUGCUGGUGCUGCUGCAAUGGAGGAGCUUGAGCUGCAAACUCGUGAGGUGUUGGAAGGGAAACAGCCGACUUGUAAAAUAUUUAAUCAACAGUAUGCUUUUAAUCUGUUCUCGCAUAAUGCAUCUGUUCUUUCGAAUGGGUAUAAUGAAGAAGAAAUGAAAAUGGUCAAGGAGACAAGGAAAAUCUGGAAUGACAAUGACGUUAAAGUAACCGCCACAUGCAUACGAGUUCCUGUCAUGCGGGCUCAUGCUGAAAGUGUCAAUCUUCAAUUUGAAAGACCCCUUGAUGAGGAUACUGCAAGAGAUAUUUUGAAGAAUGCUCCAGGUGUAGUGGUUAUUGAUGAUCGUCAAUCCAAUCAUUUUCCUACUCCAUUGGAAGUGUCAAACAAAGAUGAUGUUGCUGUUGGUAGGAUUCGCCGUGACCUGUCUCAGGAUGGGAAUAAAGGGUUGGACAUCUUUGUAUGCGGGGAUCAAAUUCGUAAGGGUGCUGCACUUAACGCAAUCCAGAUUGCUGAGAUGUUGCUAUGAGUUCUGAUCUUUCAAUGAUGUAGUACUUAAAAGAUUAUGCUUCUUUUGAAUCAGUUUUGUAUCUGUUAGUUGUAUGAGGUUAUUCAUUUCUUUUGUGAGAUUUAACUAGUCCAAGGAUCUUUUCAACGUUGUGGUAGUACACUAGGUGGAAACAAUUUUUUUGGGUCUUCCGUAAUGUAAUCCUUUUCCUUGGGAAUAAUAAGCAUUGGUUAUGGCAAAGGAGAAUCACCUAUUUGAUCUUUUGAAUGAAGAAA